UGAAUGUGAGGAAGAGGAGAGGCGAUGAAGAGCUGAUGUCAUCAGGAGGCUGGAGGCGGGGCAGAGGGGUAAGUAGAAAUACCCCAGGGCGGUUCGUCCGUCUCAGACCUCCAGCUGCAGCACCUCCAUCAUGGCCUCCUUCUCCUCCUCCGCCCGCUCCGCCUCCUCCUACCGCCGCACCUUCGGCCAUGGCUCCUACGCCUCGCCGUCCCUCAACCGCUCCUUCCUGGGCCCCGCCGCCGCCGGAGGGGCCCACGUGACCUCCAGGGUGUAUGAGGUGACCCGCAGCACCGCCGCGCCGACCUACCGCCUGUCCACUGGGUCCCUGGGGACCGCGGGGCCCCUGGGGGCCACCCGGGUGUCGGCGGGGCGCUACGGCGGCCUGGGGGAGACGCUGGACUUCAGCCUAGCGGACGCCCUGAACCAGGAGUUCCUCGCCACACGGACCAACGAGAAGGCGGAGCUGCAGCACCUGAACGACCGCUUCGCCAGCUACAUCGAGAAGGUCCGCUUCCUGGAGACGCAGAACCAGGCGCUGGUUCUGGAGGUCCAGCGGCUCCGGGACCGGGAGACGCCACGCAUCGCCGACCUCUACCAGGACGAGAUGAACGAGCUGAGACGGCAGGUGGAGGUCCUGACCAAUCACAGAGCCCGGCUGGAGGUGGAGAGGGACAACCUGGCCGACGACCUGGACAAGGUCAAGAUGAGGCUGCAGGAGGAGAUCCUCCAGAGGGAAGAAGCUGAGAACAGCCUCGCUGCGUUCAGAGCUGACGUGGACGCUGCCACUCUGGCCCGUCUGGACCUGGAGAGACGCAUCGAGACCCUGCAGGAGGAGAUCGCCUUCCUCAAGAGGAUCCAUGAAGAGGAGAUCCGGGAGCUGCAGAACCAGAUGCAGGAGACACAGGUCCAGGUCCAGAUGGACAUGUCCAAGCCGGACCUGACGGCGGCGCUGAGGGACAUCCGGGCCCAGUAUGAGGGCAUCGCCGCCAAGAACAUCGCCGAGGCUGAAGAGUGGUACAAGUCCAAGGUUUCGGACCUGAACCAGGCCGUCAGUAAGAACAACCAGGCGCUGCAGCAGGCCCGCCAGGAGACGCUGGAGUUCAGGCACCAGAUCCAGGCCUACACCUGCGAGAUCGACUCCCUUAAAGGGACGAACGAGUCCCUGCUGAGGCAGAUGCGGGACAUGGAGGAGCGCCACGGGCGCGAGGCGGGCGGCUUCCAGGACACGGUGGCCCGGCUGGAGGCCGAGAUCGCCACCAUGAAGGACGAGAUGGCGCGCCACCUGAGGGAGUACCAGGACCUGCUGAACGUCAAGAUGGCGUUGGACGUGGAGAUCGCCACCUACAGGAAGCUGCUGGAAGGCGAGGAGAGCAGGAUCGCCCUGCCCAUGCAGAACUUCUCCACCCUGAGCUUCAGAGAAACCAACCCAGAACCGCCGCAGCGCUCCGCAGAGACCCUCUCCAAGAAAACGGUUCUGAUCAAGACCAUCGAGACCCGAGACGGAGAGGUGGUCAGCGAGUCGACGCAGCACCAGCAGGACAUCAUGUGAGGAUCUGCAGGAAGAAGGGACGACACAACGCUCCGCAGCGCUCUGACCAACUCAAUCUAAUAAAGCUGAACUAAACACAGCGCUAGCAUUAGCAUUAGCCUGCGCUGAUUUCAUCCUGCAGUGAAACGAUUCAUUUAUCGCUUUGGUGAAUUCCCAUAAAAACCCAUCAGAUGAUCUGAGAAACUGCAGCAAUUAAAUGCCACAGGAACAUCGGUUCUGCACUUCUGUUUCAUUACAGAUUAUAAUCAGAAAGUUAUUUACUAAUAUGAGAUUCAAAUAUGUAAUAACGAUUAUUAUAGGAAAAAGUUGAAAUGAUUGAUGGAGAAGAUACUAGCAUUUUAAGGAUAUUAGGCUCAGAUAAUAAUUCAUCCUAACUACUUUAAAACAAUAAUUUGAUUUUAUUUCAUAAACAUCAGUCAGUUUAUGCCUCCUGUUAGUUUAAGAAUGGAUGGAAAUCGGUUCAUUAAACUAAAAUUUAGUCGUUAAGCUGACAACUAAACAUGAUCAACUAUGGAGCAUCAAAAGUGCCACAAUCCAUUCAGUUCUUAAAAUAUGUGAUCUUAUCUGUGAUCUUU